CUCGCCGUAUUCAAAAGAGGGCGUGGUUUCCGAGUACUAACGGAAGUAGAGAAGCAUCACGGGAAAACACGUGUGGAGCUGUGUUGUAAGAUCGCAGGAAAAGCCAUCAGGUGGAUGCUUUCAUCAGGCUCUUCCAAAUAAUCACCAUGACAUCCAAAGACAGCGGCGAUGACCGCUUCUCAAAGGUCCGGAAGGACCCUCGCUUCUGGGAGAUGCCCAGCAAAGAGCACAAAGUCAAAAUCGACAGCCGCUUCAAGUCCAUGUUCCAUGACAAACGCUUUAAAGUGAAGUACACAGUCGAUAAACGUGGCCGACCCGUCAACCAAACGUCCACCGAGGACCUCAAGCGCUUUUACAACCUCUCUGACUCCGAACUGUCGGACGAAGAAGAGGAAAACGAGCCGGAAAAGCCCAAGAAGGAAAAGAAAGUGAAAAAGGCUCAAGUUGAGGAUGAAGAUGAGAGCGAUGAAUCCGAAGAGGAAGAUGAUGCAGAGAAGAUCCCGAAGCCAAAAGCUAAGAAAACUAAAGAGCCGCUAGUAAAGGGAGUGAGAGUGUAUGAAGAAGAUGAGGAUGAGGAAUCUGGUGUUGAAGAGGAUGAAGAAGAUGAAGGUGAGGAGGAGGAGGAGGCUGAUGAAGAUGACGAGAGUGAGUCAGAAGACAGCGAAAGUGGACCCGAUCUGGCCCGAGGGAAGGGUAACAUUGAGACCAGCUCUGAUGAAGAUGAUGAUGAUGAUGAUGAUGAGUUGGAGGACUUUCUCCGUCGUGAGGAAGAGGAGAUUGAGCAUGACUGGGGAGAGAUGUGGAAAGAUGCUCCACGCAGUGACAACGCGUCCCGGCGGUUGGCGGUGUGUAACAUGAACUGGGACAGACUGAAAGCUAAAGAUCUUCUGGCUCUCUUCAGUUCGUUUAAGCCCAAAGGAGGUGUAGUGCUAUCUGUGACGAUCUAUCCGUCUGAAUUCGGAAAGGAGCGAAUGAGUGCAGAACAGACUCAGGGUCCGCUGGAGCUCACCAGCCUCCCGGAAGACCCUGAUGCCGACACAGAAGAGCAAAGGAUCUACAGAGAGAAAGUGCGAGACUAUCAGUUCAAGCGUCUGAGGUAUUACUACGCCGUGGUGGAGUGUGACUCCGUUGAAACGGCAGCAAAGAUUUACGAGGAGUGUGACGGCUAUGAGUACGAGAGCAGCUGCUCGAUGAUCGACCUGCGAUUCAUCCCUGAUGAUGUGACGUUUGACGACGAGCCGAAAGACAGAGCCACGGAUGUGGAUUACAGUUCCUACAAACCCAAACUUUUCACAUCGACAGCCACCACCACAGCCAAGGUCGAGCUGACGUGGGAUGAAACGGAUCACGACCGGGUCACAGCUCUCUGCAGGAAGUUUAAUAAGGACGACCUGUUGGACAUGGACUUCAAGGCUUACCUGGCCUCCUCCAGUGAAGAAGAAGAGGAUGAGGAAGAGGCAGAGGCAGAGCAACAGAUUGAAGAUGAGAAGCCCGUUGAGCCUCUCCCUGAGGAGAAAAAGAGCAGUAAAGGGAAGAAAAGCUCAGAGCAGAUCGCUAAAUACAGAGAACUAUUGAAGAGCAUUCAGGACAAAGACAAGGAGAAGGAUGAGGGCAUGGACAUGGAAGUCACAUGGGUACCAGGACUGAAGGAAACAACUGAGAAGCUUGUUAAGAAGAAAAUGGAGGGCAAAGAUCAGCUGACUCCAUGGGAGCAGUACCUGCAGAAGAAAAAGGAGAAAAAGAAAGAGAAAAGGAAAGGAAAGAAGGAAGCAGUGGAUGCAGAGGAUGCAGAGCCUGCGAUCAGUGAUGAUGAACUUCCUGAUGAUGUUGACCUCGACGACCCCUUCUUCAAAGAGGAACUCGGCUCGACAACAUCCCUAAAAAACAAAAAGAACAAAAAGAACAAGAAAAAGGAUGAUGAGAAGACACCAGAAGAACGGGAAGAGCUGGAACGACAGAGGGCUGAGAUGGAGCUGCUGAUGGACGACGACGAAGAGGACAAGCACAAACAUUUCAACUACGACAAGAUCGUAGAGCAGCAGAACCUGAGCAAGAAGAAAAGAAAGAAACUCCUGAAGAGCAACACACCACUGGUGGAGGACAACUUCCAGGUGGACGUUCACGACCCGCGCUUCCAAGCUAUGUUCACGUCACAUCUUUACAACUUGGACCCGUCCGACCCAGCCUACAAGAAAACCAAAGCAACACAGAGCAUCUUAGAGGAGAAACACAAACGCAGAGAGGAGCAGCAGCUCAGCCAGGAGGAAGCGGUGAAGAGCAAAGCCACACAGAUGAAGGACAAAGAAGAGACUCCGUCAUCCUCCACUAAAGUCAUGGACCCGAGUUUAUCACUGCUCAUCAAAUCCAUCAAAAACAAAACUGAACAGUUUCAAGCACGCAAGAAACAAAAGACAAAAUGACUCUAAUGAGAGACUCAAGCCUGAAGUGGAUUCAUUACUGUUUUAUUUAACAGAGUUGGUUUUCUGGAGUCUUUGCAUGUCACUUUAGUGACUAUUUUGUUCUUGGAGACUAAAUGAGUAGUUUUUGAUAAUAAAUAUCAUACUUUCUACUAGUUUGAAAUUGUUAAAACAUGUUUGCUUCAGAUUUUUGUAUUUGACCUGACAUUUUUGGAUAAAAACAUCAAUGGUUUGUUUA